AUUUGCACAGUUUGCCAUUGUCGGCCUAUUAGCUCAGCUUACUCAAUAGAAUUUACGCAAGUGCGGGCGCUGCUGACGCUGAAAUCUAUAUCAAUUAGAAUGAUAAGCUGAUAAGCGACAGUCGCGACUCGUCGGGCAGAGAGUUCGAACAUUGUGUUUUCCCAUAUUGAAGCAAUUAAUGCAUAGAGUAAUUAUUGGAGAGCCGAAGCAGAAGACAACAACAAGUCUGAGUGGAGGAUGUCAUUGGACAGAGCGAGCGAUAAGGGAGCGACUGUGACCGCGUGAAAAUGUGUGUGGGACAGAGACAGAGAGACGGAGAGAGAGAGUGAUAAAAGCACCUGCAAGCUGAUAAGACAUUUGAAGGUAGACAGCGCGUUAAUAUUUAACUUGGCCGCGACUCAUUUGAGUUUCACACCUUGCGCGUUGCACAAACCGUACGAAAAUUUACGCGCGUGCGUGUGUUUGUGUGUGCCACAUGCGACCGUUAUGUUAACAAAAACUACGCUUAUCAGCCUAUUGCUGGUGCUGCCCGUGCUGCUGCUGCUGCAGCGCGGCGAUGGCGCCACAACUACCUGGGGGCAUGUCAACAAAUAUGCCAGCACGCUGCAUGCACAAGAUGUUUACUUGGGGCACGUGAGCAGCAUGGAUGCGGAUGCGAAUGCGGAUGCGGAUGCCACAGCUGUCAGUGUGGAUGUUCGGGAUGUUGCAUACGGCGCACAGAACUCGAGCGCAGUCGAUGGCUAUACGAUAACGGCGGUGCAUGCCUACGACAUGACCUUGCCGGGCGGCAACGGCGGCCAGGUGCGUUUGCUCAGCGGCGGCGUUGGCCAACGGCAUGCCGUUGUGCGUUUCCAGCGCUACGAACAGGUGCCCAGGGCGCACUUCCAGCUGGUCAUCUACGGCCUCGCCUUGGGCUAGGCGUGCAGUGCAGGUGAUUCUUAUCGCUUAGUCGCUAGAGAUAACUUUACUUGCUGUUCAGUUUAACAAAGUUUUCCCCUCUCUCUCUCUAUCUCACUCUCUCUCACACUCUUGUCUGCUCUUUCUUUCUUUCUAGUCAAUCGCCGAGGCAACUUAAUUGAGUUGCGAUUCAACUUUGAAUUCGAUGUUGGCAACUUCCUGCUCCACAGACGGCAAAGCUAACUAAGUUAUUAUAAUGUCAUAAUUAAGAGCAUGAGAGUUGCGCUUAUUAGCAUG